UAACAGCGAAUGAAUAAACACUAUAAUUCAUAGUAAUGGCUUUAUUUGAAACAAAUGCAGACCUCAUCCUACGAAGCCAUAUAAAAUCCCUUAGCCCUAAGUAAGGCAAGAGCAGUAAUGUAAUUAAUCAAUCAUUCUAAUGAGGAUGGAGACUCGGAGGUGAAAGCAAGGAGGCCGCAGUCUGCUGGCAUCAUGGCUGACAAGAAGAAGGAGGCGGGCUCGCUGCUGUCGAAGAAGAAGAAGAUGAAGCCGCGCAAGUCGCGCGACGCCGACUGCUGCAGCGUCAACUUUCUCAAGUGCGUGCUGCAUAUCUUCAACGUCGUGUUUAUGUUCGCAGGCAUCGGCAUCCUCAUAGUAGGGGCUUGGACGGUGGCCACCAAGCAUCGCUACGUGGCUCUGCUGCCCACGCCGACGUACCCCGCCAUCGCGUACCUGCUGAUAGUGGCCGGCGCGAUGGGCGUCCCCGUGUGUGCGCUCGGCCUGUGCGGGCUGAAGACUGAGAACCGGACGAGUCUGUUGUGUUACACAUACUUCCUGCUAAUCACGCUGAUCCUGAAGUUGUCUGCCGGCGGGCUGGCGUACUACUACUCGUGGGCGGCGGAGGGCGAGCUGCGGCGCGAGCUCAACACCACGCUGCUGCGCAACUACGCGCUGGACGCCGCCGCCACCGCCGCCGCCGACCGGAUGCAACAGGAGUUCAAAUGCUGCGGCGCGGUCAACUACCAGGACUGGCGUCACUCGCCGUGGCACCAGCACGAGCCGCGCCAGCUGGUGCCGGACUCGUGCUGCAAGACUGUCUCGCCUCGCUGCGGCGCGCGCGACCAUCCCUCCAACAUACACUAUGUGGUGAGUACCUGUCACCUCAGCACGAGCCGCGCCAGCUGGUGCCGGACUCGUGCUGCAAGACUGUCUCGCCUCGCUGCGGCGCGCGCGACCAUCCCUCCAACAUACACUAUGUGGGCUGUCUCCGUUACUUCACGAACCACAUCCAGGAACACCUGAUCAUCUUAGCCGCUGUCGGGGUGGGAAUGUCCGUCAUACCGAUAUUCGGCUUCCUAUUCUCCUGUGUACUCUAUGUGAAGAUCAAACACGUGCUCGACUGACCCCGGCCUAAACCGUCGACCAAUAAGAACUCGCGGAAGGUGUUCGACAAGACGGCAUCGGCCGGUGAUUUGUCGAAGCCGCCCGUGCGGCAGCUGCAACGACCAAUCAGCAAGCCCCAGCCGCGGCCGAGGCGCAGUGUGAAGAGAAAACCGUGCCCGCUACACCCAGCGGAGACCAAAGAUACCGCGCCAAUAGCGACUAUAAGUGAUAAUGUCAGUAUAUAGGGUAAUAGUUUACACCAUUGUUAGUAUUAAUUGGAGUUAAAUGGGACAUCGUCGCGUUCUAUCCCAAAUAGACAAAUCAAAAUCAUGCAAGGCAAAAACAAACUAAAAAAAACCGACUUAAAAAAUUGCGCAUUUUAAGUAUAUCAUUCAUUUAUGAGUCCAUAAUUAUGAUUUGAAUGACCUACUUAUCUUAAGCGUACCUUUGUUGGUUUAAAUUUAUGAAAUUAACACUUUUAUCAUCUAUGCUGGUGGAUGUUAUCAUAGCUCUAAAAUGCAUGCUAAUUUAAAAAAUAAUCACGCCGACACGCUUCAUUUCUGAAUUAAAAUUAAAAUCACUGCAACUGCAUAGUUACUUAAUUAUUUGUAUAAGCUAUGCUACAAAUACCUACGAUGGUGUAAAUGUUGAGAAUCUAAUAAAUAGUCAGGGACUAGUCUAAAUAGUACUUAAAAAUUAAAUAUACUUAAAUAGUUAAUUCCAUGUGUUCAUUAAUAGUUACAAUUUAUAUAAAUGGAAUUACUUACACUCUGUGUAAUUAACGUUGUAGCUAAACCGUGAACGAAUUUAAAUCUUAGUCUUGUGAAAUAGGUAACAGAUCAUGUAAAGCCACAUUUAAUUAAAUAAUAUAUACCUAUUUAUUUUAAAAUUUACUCGCUUUACAUGGUUGAUUCACUAUGAAAUGAAUAUUAUUUAGUAUAGGGUAGAAUUUUAUCAAUAAUUUAGCUAUCGACUACAGUUGACUUGGUUUGUUUAAGAUCUGUUUUCGACAAUUAACAAGUAUAAGCACUUACUUAGGCGUAGUAUUUAAUAAUUAAACAGCUGUUAAAUGAAGUUUUAAAUGGUGCUAUAUUUUCAUACCUACCCACAUAAUAAUUUAUUAUCAUAAAAUGUAGUCGUUUAUUCUAAUUACUGUGAAAACAUGACAUGUUCAAGUUACUGUAAAAAAUUAGAAGAUAUAAUGUAACUAUAUAUCAUGAUUUUGUAUUUAUUUUUCCACAGUAAUUUGAGUUACAUUGUAAAUAGUAGUUAGGUUACAUACAUAAUACCAGAGAACAUACCUAAGCUAAAUGUGCCUUAUUAAUGUUUAAUUCAUAGUUAGUAAAGAAUAAUAUUGUGUAGAAAAUCUAUAUGAAAUAUACUAAGGGGUGGAUGUUAGAACAGAUUUAACUAUUAUUUAUAAUUGUUCCGUUUUACUUCAUACCCAAAUCCAGUUACCUAUGUACCUACAGUCGGCAAAAUAUCUUAUUAUGAAUAACAUUCUAUCGCAAGCACCUUUUUAUUAAAAAAAAACAACUUACGUAUUAACAAUCAAGUAAUCUAAAGAGUAUUGAUAUUUUUCCUAACUGUACUUAGGUUUUACUGAAGAUCGGAAAAUAAGGGAAAUUAAGAAUAUUAAAUACCUGAGUUAUAAUUAUAAUCGAGGUUUGACACAAAUUCAGAAAUUUUAAGCAAUGCCUAUUCAAUGAUAUAUAUUUUUUUUGUUUUGUCAUUUAAUCGUUACUUAACUAUUUUAAGUGCCUCAUUUUAACUUACAUUCAUUAAUUAUUUAACUAGGUACCUUAAAGUUACCAAAUCUUAUCACAUUCUAGAUCUGUUGUUUAUAUGUAAGAAUAAGUACUAUACGAAUACACUUUUAACCGAAA